AUUGGUGUCAUGUGAAUGGUUGUUUGCAUCGAUUUAUCAUCUACUUUGUAAUAAGAAGACUGGACACUGGUAGGCCUAUAUAGAAAUUCUAAACCGAGGCAGAGCAUUUCGACUUCCUCUUCUUACAUCAUGACGGAAAAGUCAAGAAAGCCUCCCAGAAUGCCCCGAAAUCAAGACGGUCGGAAGCUCAAUCGCGCAGACGAAUCCAACGCGUCUCCAACGAAAAAUGGCGCCUCCAGCAAAACCCUCACUUCUUCGGAGAUGCCAAAAUUGACGAACACAUUAUCCGUGCGCACUCGUACGUCAUCACUAGAUUCGAGUUGUUCGCUGGUGUCUGACACUUCUGUAGCUCUCGAUCUUCCAUUCAGCGAACCUUCACCAGAACAUCUUUCACCUCGAGCUGGAGGAAAGCGCUUAAGUAUCGAUUCACUAAGUACAGGUAGUUUUCCUAGCAGACGACAUAGUGAGGAAAGUGGGGAUCGAGUGAUUCGUUGGUGGAACAGUGGCGGCAUGGGCCCCGGACCAACCAAUCCAGGCUGGAGUAUGGAUAGAAGUCGCCGAAGUAGCAAAAGUUCAUGGAGCACAUUAGUUUCAGCAUCAGAUUCCCAGCUUGAUGAUGGAGAGAUAGAAGAUGGGGGUAGUGCAAACGUCAGUGUGGUUGUAAGAGUUCGGCCACUCAGUGAGCAGGAAACAAAAAGAGGAGAUCGUAAUGUGGUCCUUGUACAGAACCCACAAAGUCUCUUGGUGGAGGGUGAUAAAAACAAGCAAUUCACCUUUAACCAUGUGUUCAGUGGAGAAGCUACGCAGCAGGAUGUACUGGAUGAGUGUGGUAUGAAGAAACUGGUUGACAUGGCCCUAGAAGGAUACAAUUGCACUGCUUUUGCCUAUGGCCAGACAGGGUCAGGAAAGACUUUCACUAUUACAGGGCCACAGAAAUCGGAUGGGCUACAUUAUCAGAAUACGAAUGCUUGGGGUCUGAUUCAACACUCGCUAGUUUACCUUUUUGAUAUGAUCAGACUACGGCCUAAGGUUUCUUUUUUCAUCAAGACAUCUUAUCUAGAGAUUUACAAUGAACAGGUUAAAGAUCUUCUGAAUCUAACUGGUAAAGAUUCUUUGCCAGUGAGGUGGUCCAAGGAUAAAGGGUUUUAUGUUGAGAAUCUCUUUGUCAUGGAGUGUGAAACACUAGAUGACAUGUUAGCAGUACUAGAAGAAGGUGUGAGUCAAAAGGCAAUAGCAACAAACAAUGUAAAUGAGCAUUCUAGUAGAAGUCACACAAUUAUGUCCAUCUCUAUAGACUCAGAAUUGCCCGAUCCUGAUGAUAGUGAUUUAUAUAUAACCAAGCAUGGUAAGCUUAGCUUUGUUGAUCUGGCUGGUAGUGAGAAGGUGAAGGAGCUGGGUUCAUCUUCAGAACUCCUCUCUGAGACUACUAAUAUCAACAAGAGUCUUCUGACAUUAGGUAAUUGCAUCUCAUCACUGAGUGAUAAUAGAAAGCGAUCAGGUCAUAUCCCGUACCGAGAUAGCAAACUUACCAAACUAUUAGCUGACAGCUUAGGGGGUACAGGAAUCACACUUAUGAUUGCUUGUAUAUCACCAUCAUCUUACUGCCUCUCUGAAUCUAUCAACACAUUAAGAUAUGCAGUCAGGGCACGCAGGAUUAAGAAUAAACCUGUUAUUCGAAUGGAUCCGAGGGAAAAGCUUAUCACAAGUUUAAAACGGGAAGUACGCCUGCUUCGAUCUGAAAACCAGUACCUGCGCCAGAGGCUGGAAUUCCCUGGUACUGCCCAGCCCUCCUUCAGGCCUCGCCAAGAACCCAACAACAACCAACCCCAGGCCAUCCUAAGCAGGGAGGAAUCAUUGAAUGAUGGUGAUCUGACUCCGGUACCCAAUGGGAGGAUGGUGGAGGAGCCAAGGAUAGAGAGGACAGAGGCUCAGAUGGAGGGAUCUAAAGGGAGAGGAGGAGGUAGUAGAGGGAAGAAGGAUCCGCCUCCUCCACCUCCUCAACCAGUGCAGCAGAGAGAUUCAGCUCAGCCCAAGUCAGCAGCGGAUAAUAGUUUGUAUGAGAUGCUUCAGGAGUACAUGGUUGAGAAUGAGACGCUGAGAUCAGAGAAUUCAGACCUGCAUUCAGUUAAAGAGAAGGCAAGAAGAGAACAGGACUCUGUUGCUAGAGAGAAUGACAGACUCCUAAAAAAGCUGGAAGAACUAGAACGGGUAUUCACUACAUCACCUUACUCCUUACCAAGCACCUUCAACUCCAGGACAUCAUCAGGCCAGUCCAUUGGUAUGCGGGGUAACAACCAGCCCUCCCCACUGGGUCCAUUGCAGCAGUCACCACCCCUCAAGACCCAGCGCUCACCCCAGGGCCAGUCUAAUGGACUUGAUAAAAGGCAGUCUGGGGGAAGUCCUUGGAGACAGCAAUCGGGUGAGCUACCUCCGGUGGACAGCAUUAAGGGCAUCCCAGAUAACUACCGAUCAUCUCAGCAACGUCCACCCAUCCAGAGGGAUGCUCCGCCCACUCAGCGGUCGUUCCCAUCCAUGUCUACCCAGCCACCUCACCAUCCCCCUCCAACCAACCAUAGCUACCCCAGGGCACAUACUAAUCAGUCAGGUCUGAGCAGUACACAUCCACCAAUCGGUCAUGGCCCUUCCACUCAUAGAGGGUCCAAGAAAGGAAGUGAUAGCCGUGUCUCCAACACCAGCCAGAGCUACCCGCCAGCUCCAGGUAGCCUACAGGCCUCCUACACUGGCUCCAUGGGACCGCUCCACGAGGAUCAUCAUCAGGCUCCACCUAACGUUGGUAAGAGGGAUACCUCUAUCUCUGUCAGGACCAGUCUCAGCAACCCUUCAGUCAUCAGCAAGCCACAGUCCUCCAAAGCAGAUAUCUACAUUCCUAGUGCGCCCUCUACUGGGUUAACCAAAGACUCUAGUCCUCUGAGAGACUCAUCAAAUCGUCAUGAUCUCCAGACUAUCGAGGAGACCGGAGCGCAACCAUCGUCUACCUUUCGAAACCACCCUCCUCCCAAUGGCCAGGCCAACAUGGGUGGGAGCCACAGCAAUGUUAGUCUCCGUAAACCCCAAAGCAAGCCGGUCUCCACUGCCAAUACAGCAGCUACAGGGUACAGCAACAAGUCUAAGAAGAAUGCUUGGUCUGGUGCAGGGGGAAGUGGUACAGGUGGUGGAGGGGGAGGAGGAGGUGGUGGUGGUGGUGGUCAGCCAAGUAAAACUGCUACAGCAAGCAGUGUACCUAUCAACGUCAUUCCCAAGACACCAGCUGUAACUCCACCAGCAGUCAAAUACAAGCCUCAGGGUAGCAACAAGAUGUUAGCAGCUACUACCAACAAUUUAGAUAUCAACUACAAAGGACCAGACUCUGAUUCAUUGAAGGAUCUGAAUCAGAAGUUAAGGGAGGAACUUCAAGCAUUGGAUGGUGAAAUAGAAUACAUGAAAUAUGUGAAUAAGAACAAACCAAAUGCCCCCGCUGGGAAAGGAAAGAGGAGAUAGCAUCGGAGGAUAAUUUAGUGAGACUUAUCAGAGACUGUGCUCAAAUGUCCUUCAGAGCAUGUGAUGUACUUAUUAUAUGCUGCAAGCCAUGAAGGAGACCUUGUUUUCUGGAAUUUGGAUGUGUCCAAGUAUUGCCAGGGAUGCGGAAAUACGUGUACUGAAGAGGACAUUUCAGAGACCGCAUUAAGAGCUUCCCAAACUAUGGCAUCAGAAUUUGGGCCUAUUGAGUGCGUUGCAUACUGGGGAGAAGAUGAUGAAACUUGCGGCUUCUUAUAAUGCUCAUGUUGGCUAUUGUUAUCCUUGGGUUCUGCAAUUACUACUUUGACUUUUGCAUAGCUACCAGUAAGGUGCUUUAGUAUUUCAAGUAGUAAGUCCUGCCUGGCACCCAGUCACCUCACCUGUGUAGAGUCUGGCAAAUGUCCGCUAGACCAUCUUUGAAAGAGAUUCCAACUGAAUGAAUUUCAACUGUAAUUGUCAACAGUGCUAAAAGAUAUUCAUCCAUAUCUGCUUUGGGGGAUGUGAGAAUGUAGUGUGUCUUGUAUAUGCAUUUUUCCCUCAUAUGAUUCCAGAAUUGUUGCAAAAAGACCCACCACCAUGCACUGUUGCUUAAAUAAACAUAAUUAGGGGCAAUUCAGAGGUAACAGACCUGAUAUGUUAAAAUGAAAGUUAGCAAAUUCAGAAAUUCAGGAGAAUUGAGACAAGAUAAUUCACUAAUUAUACCGUAAUUACAAAAGUGUGCUACACCUUCAUCAUUUGCAUCAAAAAAUUUUUCAUCUCAAUUCUCAUAUUCAAUAAGCAU